GCGUUUUUGUGAUAUGGACAUGGGCUAUCACAUAAUUUGCAUUACUAACAAGAAUUCGAACAUCAUAGCUGUAUAUCUAUCUCGAAAAGUAACAUAGACAGUCACUAGUACGUAGCAAUAUGGGGGUUUUAAACACCUGGAGAGAUACUUGUUAUUUAUUGUUGGUCGUUUCAACGUUUUGUAUUUGUGUUCUGGUGCACUGUUUAAAGUUAUCACACAAGACGAAAAAAUACUUUUUCUCAAUAUGUGGUUUUACACAAGUGGUGAUUUUCUGUGGGGUUGACACUUUGCAUUUUGUUGUUAUGGUUUGUGUUGGAACUGCUAUGGCAAAAUCAAGGACUAAUCCCAGACUACUGUUUGUAUACUGCUUGGCCCAUCGGGUAUUUUUCUCAUCAUCUGGUUUUUUUGGCCUUAAGAGAGAUGAAAAUAACUUAGCAAAUGCGUUAAUGCUUGUAACAACAGUAAAGAUGAUCACUGUUGGAUAUGAAGCCGUAGCAACCAGAGAAUCAAUAAAAAACCGAAGUAAGGUUGAAACCAUAAAGGCUAAGACAAAUGGACAUAUCAGAGAGAAUGGGGAAAAACAUGCCAGAAAACGAGAAAUGCUUAUGAUGGAGGAACCCAUUUCAACCCUGGAUAUCUUGUGUUACAUGACCAGUUUUAUUGGAUUAUUUACAGGUCCUUUAUUCAGAUACAGAACCUACCAUGACAUGCUUGAUACCCCAAACACAAGGUCAUACAAAACACAACUGCUUGCGAAAUUUAAAAUCUUUAUUGCAGUAUUUGUAACGUUUUUGAUUGGGAAUUAUGUUCUUGACCCAAAUUAUUUAAAAGAAGAUGCAUUUUAUGAAGCCAGUUUGGGUCACAGGUUAUUGUGGAUUGUUCCGAUCAUAGUUGUGUUUCAAAUCAAGUAUUCAGUCAUAUGGGUGGUAAUGGAAAUGUUUUAUAUAUUGGUUGGACUUGGAGCUUACCCUGAAACCAGUGAACCUUUACCAGGCCAUGGACCAACCAAGUUGGAAAUUGGUCAACUAAAUAUGAGUGAAGAUACAAAGUUUGACUUUAAUACAAUCACCAAUAUGCACCCAGUGAAUGUGAUAAUGGAGAAAACAUUCCGUGGAACGUUUUACUCAUGGAACUGUUGCGUGCAGUGGUGGCUUGCUCACUUUGUGUAUUCAAGUACAUUGUUUCCACGCCAAUAUAGAAUGUUAAGGGGUUUUAGCACCAUGUUUAUAAACGCAUUGUGGCACGGCGUUAAACCAGGGUACUACGUAAGUUUUCCAGCUGUGCCCGUGAUUGCAGUUUGUGAGGAAAUAUGCAAUAGAAAUAUAAGAGAUCGCCUUCAAAGUGGUUGGCUUAAACAUCUUUAUGAAUUGUUUCAUUGGAUUACCUUCAAACUGUUCUGUUUCUCGUUUUUGUUUUCUUCCUUUAUGUUACUGCAAUGGGAUUCUAUACUGAGGCUGUACAAGUCCUUAUAUUUUUGUGGAUACAUUUUCCCUGUCGUUAUGGCCAUGCUAAGUUUUAUUAUUGCAAAAAUUAUCCCACAUAGUGGAAAGACUUUAAAAGUUGCAUAAAAGUGCAAUAGUUUCAAGUAUUUCUGUGCAGUAUUGAUUUGAUUCUAUCUUCAAAAUCUAUAGUUCCAUACACAGCUGUUUUAACCAGAGUUUUUUAAUCAAAGUCUUUACCUUUUACACAUAAUUCUUACAUUUACGUUUUUGCAUGUAUAUCUCGCUUUACUAUAAUCAAUGAGACAAAACCACCUUAAUUUAUCUAGUCUAAAUAGGCAAGAACCCACUGCGUUUUAUAGAAAUAUUUUAUUUUGUUGUGCCUUUAGUUUACAUGAUUAAGAGCUGUGCUUUUUCCUGUGAUUUCCAAAACCACCUACUAGAGCAGUAUCUGCUGAAAUGUUAUACCUUUUUUAGUUUUGUCACCUAAACACCCCGUCUGCUUUUUACUUUACUCAGAAUGUUGUGCCUUUAUUUUUAAAUGCUUAUUUUUCAUAUUCGCUCCUUUAUUAAUUUUAUUCCCAUAAGGCUAAAUAGUCAAAUUUCUGGUUGGUAGUCUAGCUUAUAGUUAGGGUUUUAAUAUAAAAUAAAUGAAACUUGAUUA